AUGGUUCAUCAACAAGUUACAAUUAUCGGUGGUGGUCCAGCUGCUUUAACUGCUGCUUUAUAUCUUUCAAGAGCUGAAAUUAAACCAUUUUUAUAUGAAGGUUUAUUAGCUAAUGGUAUCGCAGCAGGUGGUCAAUUAACUACAACUACAGAAAUUGAAAAUUAUCCAGGUUUCCCAGAUGGUUUAACUGGUACUGAAUUAGUUGAAAAAAUGAAGGCUCAAGCUGAAAGAUUUGGUACUGAAGUUAUUACUGAAACUGUUGCAAAAGUUGAUUUAUCAUCAAAACCUUUUAAAUUUUGGACUGAAUGGAAUGAAGAUGCUGAACCAAUUACAACUGAUUCUAUAAUUUUAGCUACUGGUGCUUCAGCAAAAAGAUUAGAUUUACCAGGUGAAGAAACUUAUUGGCAACAAGGUAUUUCUGCAUGUGCUGUUUGUGAUGGUGCUGUACCAAUUUUUAGAAAUAAACCAUUAGCAGUUAUUGGUGGUGGUGAUUCAGCAUGUGAAGAAGCAUUAUUUUUAACAAAAUAUGGUUCAAAAGUUUAUUUAAUUGUUAGAAAAGAUCAUUUAAGAGCUUCACAAAUUAUGCAAAGAAGAGUUGAAAAAAAUGAAAAAUUAGAAAUUUUAUUUGAUACUGUAUCAUUAGAAGCUAAAGGUGAUGGUAAAUUAUUAAAUGCUUUAAGUAUUAAAAAUGUUAAAACUAAUGAAGUUAAAGAUUUACCAGUUAAUGGAUUAUUUUAUGCAAUUGGUCAUACCCCAGCUACUGCUAUUGUUGCAAAUCAAGUUGAUACUGAUGAAGGUGGUUAUAUUAAAACUGUUCCAGGUUCAACAUUAACUUCAGUUCCAGGAUUUUUCGCUGCAGGUGAUGUUCAAGAUUCACGUUAUAGACAAGCUAUUACAUCUGCCGGUACUGGUUGUAUGGCUGCUUUAGAUGCUGAAAAAUAUUUAGCUGAAUUAGAAUAA